AUGAAAUAUUUUAUCCAACUUAACCAUGCAUUAAGCGCAAGAAGAAAAGAUGAGCUCAUGCGUUUAUUUCUUCAUCGAGUAUUUGGCUAUCGAGGUGUGAUUCUAUUUUCUUGGCUUGCUCGAGUAUUUGAUCGAUCUGAUGAACGUUCAAAUGCAUCGUUGCCGUUGCCGUUGACAAUAGCAUCGAAGGCACAUGCAAAUGAAAUCCGUGCACAAUCAGUUACUUAUUAUCAAGUUUUGGUUGAUGCACGUGACGUACCUCAUAUUAGAGCUCAAACAGAAUCUGUCACAUUUUUGGGGAAUCAAGAACAAGAUCAAAAUCUCUAUGCUCUUCCUGGUCUUGAUUAUGUUGCACAUGAAGAUGUUAUACCAUAUACAAGUACGGAACGAACACCUAUUGAACAUGAAUUAUUUGAUAAAUUUUUAAUUUAUGAUCCUGAAGCAACGCCGAACUUUGUAACAAGCGAGCAUCUAAAAUCUUGGCAAACACGACAUCAUCGUUGGCUUGAAUUAUCUGAUGUAUCAAAGGAUGUUACACAUCAAAUUCGAGUUACUGUUAUUCCAUUUUACAUGGGUUCUCGUUUUUCUCACGGUACGCGCGUACAUUGGUGGCGUUAUACAAUCCGAAUUGAAAAUUUAAAUCCCCAGGAAGCUGUAACAUUACGUGAACGUCAUUGGCGUGUCUUUAGUGUCGCUGGUACAUUAGAAACUGUUCGUGGUAAAGGAGUUGUUGGACAAGAACCGAAACUAUCAAAAGAAUAUCCUGCUUUUCAAUAUUCAUCACAUGUUUCAUUAUCAGCAACAAGCGGUCAUAUGUGGGGAACUUUCAAAAUGGAAAAAGAAGAUGGAACAUUUGUUGAAGUUCGCAUACCAGCAUUUAAUUUAGAAUGUAAAUCAGAUUCAAAUACUGGUGGAAAGUUAUCAGUGUAG